AUUACAAAGCACACUAGCUCAAUAAACUGACCACCAAUCUCUCUGUCCUCACUUCUAUUUCCUACCAUCUUAUUAGUAUUCGUUUUCAGUAUGUCUAAAGAAUCCCAGUCUUCUCAGCCGGAAGGUGUGGUUGUGAGAGAUGCUGAUGACUGCAAUAUAGUGAGAGAUGUGGUGCUGUGGAGGAGGAAGAAGCUGAUGAGUACAAGUGUUCUUUUGGUGGCAACCGCGAUAUGGGUAUUGCUGGAUGUCUAUGAGUUCAACUUUCUCACUCUGAUCUCUUGGGCGGGGAUGGUGGUCGUUACUUCGGCAUUCUUGUGGGGCAACAUUCUUAGGCUCUUGAACAAAGAACCACCGGACUUGUCAGGGCUAGAAAUUUCAGAACAGAGAGUAGUGGAGAUGGCCCGUAAAUUCAAGUCAGGGAUUGAAGAAGGAAUUAUCCGGUGGAUGCUUAGGGUGGCUGUAGAGGGCGAUUGUUUUACCUUUGCUGGAACAAUAGCUGCUUUGUGGGUUGUUUCCGAAUUGGGAAGUCACUUUGAUCUACUCACACUUCUCUGCACAGGAAUUGUGUUGGGUAUGACCGUGCCUCCAAUCUACGUGAAGUACGAGGACAAGAUCAAGGGGUUUGGGGAACGAUUAAGGAUGCAGGUCAAAAAGUACUAUGAGAUGGUUGAUCAAAAGGUAUUGAGCAAAAUUAGGAAUAAGGUCGCGGGAGAGAGGAAGGCGGAGGUUAGGAUGAAGAAGAUUGAGUAACUAUCGUUUCUUCAUAACUAGAAUUGCGUUUCUGUAUAAAUCUCUCUUUUCGCUUUGGUGUAAUCUUUGUAGCGCUUAAAAUGUGUUGUAAGCUUUGUUUUUAUCAGUUUGUUAUUGUUAUCAAGUUGGUGAGUAUGAUACCAUUUCUAUCAAGUUGGUAA